AUGGCUUCCUUUCCUCCUCCUGGUUCACUCUCUCUCUGCGAACUUAAUCGUGACCUAAUCACCGUCGACGCUCUCUCCGACGAUCGAGCCAACCAAACCUACGGAAAAAUCCUUGGAUUGGUGUUCUGUCCUGUUCCCUUUCAGUCUCUGGAGAGCGACGCUUCCGAUCAGGAAGGAGCAGCGACGUCGGAGAACGCUGCAGGAGAAAGCUUUCAGAGGAAAGGUCCGGUGGGACUCUUGCAAGAGCUUGUGAACGCCUAUGUCGGACGUCUCUUUUACCCUAACGAUGUGCAUUUGUUGCCGGAGGUUGAUCUCCAAGGGAUAAGCUGGCACCCUAAUAAGCAUAUAAUUGCUUUUAUUUCUGCCCCAACUCAAGUUUUGGUUCGUGAUUACCAAGAGCCUGAGGGGAAGGAUCCGAGUAUUUUGGCGAACGAGUCACAGAGAGACAUUAGGGUGCUGGAAUGGAGGCCCAAUGGUGGGAAAAUGCUUGCUGUGGGUUGCAAGGGUGGAAUUUGCAUGUGGGCUGCUUCUUAUCCUGGAAAUGCUGCAUCUGUUAGAUCUGGUUCUGCUUCCUUUUUAGGAACAUCUGCUUCAUAUGAAAGCUCCUCGUUCACAGUGUGGGAUUUUGCUCAAGGUGUGGGGACACCCAUUCGACGCGGAUUAGGAGGCAUAUCAAUGCUGAAGUGGUCACCCACCGGAGAUUACUUCUUUGCUUCAAAAUUUGAUGGAACAUUUUAUCUUUGGGAGACAAACACAUGGACAUCAGAACAAUGGUCCUCAACUAGUGGUUUUGUCAAGAGUGCAACAUGGGAUCCAGAUGGGCGUAUGAUACUUCUUGCAUUUUCUGAAUCGUCAACUUUGGGAUCUGUUCACUUUGCAUCAAAGCCUCCCUCAUUAGAUGCUCAUUUGUUACCUGUUGAUUUGCCGGAAAUAUUAUCAUUGACAGGCAGUCAGGGAAUUGAAAAGAUAGCAUGGGAUAAUUCAGGGGAGCGAUUGGCUGUGUCUUUUAAAGGUGGAGAUGAUAUGUACAGGGGACUGAUCGCCAUAUAUGAUACAAGACUGACACCUCUUAUAUCUACGUCAUUAAUAGGAUUUAUAAGAGGACCGGGAGAAAAACCGAAGCCAAUCUCAUUUUCAUUUCACGGGAAGUUUAAGCAGGGUCCAUUGCUUUCUGUGUUCUGUAUAUUUUUUUCCUGCAGUGCUGGAGCAGUGGGUUUUGUUGCACUUACCCCCUCUUGUUUCGUUCUCAUAUGCUUCCAUGACGAGGAUUUCUGUGAAAUUUUGUUGUUUGUAUACGAUUUGGAGCAAUUUGAAGUUAAUACCUUAUCCAUAAUGGAUAAGGCUCCCACAGCCUAUGCCAAAUUCUAUGAUAUCCCCCCUCUUUUCUGCACACCCCUCACAUAUACCAUUCGCUCUCUUUUCCCCGUGGUGGUCAAAUCUGCUGCCACAUUUAUCACAUGCCACCUCUUCAUGCUAUUAUAUUCUUCCCUCUAUACUCCUAUUAAUUCAUUCACUCUCUUGCUUCCUUCACUAAUCACAUUCCUAUCUCCAUUGGCCAUAUACAAUCCUUUUUCAUCCACAACUGCAAUAAAAUCCAAACACCCACCAACCAGAAGAUGCCAGAGUGUUCAUAGGCUCUAG